UUCUUGUUUACAAUUUUCGUUUUAUCAGAUGGGUAUUGUUAUGACAUUGAGUACGUUAUAAGCAAUUUGCAAUUCGUUUUGAGGGACGCACAUAACUGGAAAAAAAUGGAUUCCCUCCCAAAUUGCGAAUCAUUCUCAUUUUCAUGUUAUUUAAAUUUCAUCCAUCAAUAUAUAUUAUUAUAUUUUUCAAAUGAAAACCUCAUUCCUUCAGUCACAUCACUGACUGUGAUCUUGAUUUCAAUGAUACUUCUUGUUGUAGCAGCUUACAGAUUUAGAAGAAAAUUAAAAACAAAAGUUGAUACUGUGGCUGCCAAAGUAAUGGGAGGAACUAGACCACGUUUUCGGAAAAGAGAUAAAGUUAUGUUUUACGGCAGAAAAAUGUUACGGAAGGUACAAAUGUUAUCCUCUCAACCAGGAAGUAGAACUCGAAUAAAAAAAAGACAACUUGUCUUAAAGUUGGCUCGAAAAAUUUUGCCUCUGAAGCGAGAACAACCAGGAGUAUAUUUAAAAGUUAUGGAACCAUCUCAAGCUUUUCUUGAAGAAGCUAUAUCUGAGCACUCAGAGCAAAGGCUACCUCCAGAUGUCAUGUAUAUGUUGAAAAGUAUUAGAAUGUUUGGUUCCUUUGAAAAACCAUUAUUUUUGGAACUGUGCAAACACAUCGAGACCUUGCACAUUUACUGUGGCAGUCUUUUGUUUUCUAUUGGUGAGCCUGAUGACAGCAUCUAUGUUGUUCAGAGUGGAAAGUUGAUUGUAUAUGUUACUGAAAAUGAUGGCAGUGAACUUGUGCUCAAAGAAGUGACUACUGGUGAAAAUAUUACUAGUCUCUUAAGUGUGAUGGAUGCUUUGACUGGUUGCAUUGCUCCAUAUAAAACAGUGUCUGCUCGAGCAUUGGAAGAUUGUGUUGUUUUAAGGCUGAAAGUUGAAGCAUUUCGAUCUUUGUUGGAAAAGAAUCCAGAAUCAUUGGUUCGAGUAGCACAGAUUAUAAUGGUUCGUCUUCAAAGAGUUACAUUUACUGCUUUGCACAAUUACUUAGGACUUACAAAACAAUUAAUCAAAUCUUCAUCAACUGUGACCAGAAGAAAUACAGCAUCACCAAAAGCCAGUCCUUCUAAAGCAUCGUCUAGACGACCUAGUCAAGUUGCUUACAAACCUUUUGGAAGUGAUAUUAGGAAUGUUGACUUUUCGAAUGCAUUCCCUGAUGUAGAUACUUCACAUCAACCACAACAAUCUAAUUCAGUAUCUGCUGAUGCAGCAGCACAAAGUUCGACUAAUGAAAAUGAGCUACCAGAUAACAGAAAAACUCGUAAACGAAAAGCCAGCUUUUACUUUCCUCCUGAACAGCAAGGUCCUACAGCAGUGGAAGAAGAUCUGCAUGCACUUGCUGUUCUUGGAUUUGUGCAUCAAUUAGGAUUAGAGGAUGACAGUUAUAUCAAAGAUUUUGUAACCGUGAAAGAACUACCAGCCAACACAUAUAUCAUCCGGGAAGAAAACUUAGAAGAUGUUGCUUUACUUUAUGUCAUUGCUGGAUCAUUGACAGUAUCGCAAAAAACUGCUGAUAAAAAAGAAGAGAAUUUCUUAUUCAUUGUACACAGUGGAGAAAUAAUGGGUGCCCUUGCUGUUUUAAGUGGAGAGCCAUCCCUUUUUACUAUUCGUACAAGAAAUUUCACACAAGUUGGAGUACUUAGCAAGAAAAAUACUUAUGAUAUUCUGAGUCAGAAACCUCUAGCAGUUCUGCAUUUGGCACAAAGUGUAAUAAAACGUCUUUCGCCAUUUGUGAGACAAAUUGAUUUUGCUUUGGAUUGGAUAAAUGUAGAGUCUGGAAGGGCCAUUUAUAGGCAAGAUGAUAUCUCUGAUUGCACAUAUAUCCUUUUGAGUGGACGUUUAAGGUCUGUUUUGAAAAGACCAGAUGGCAAGAAAGAAUUAGUUGGUGAAUAUGGCAGAGGAGAUCUUGUUGGAAUUGUGGAAGUAUUAACACAGACUAGAAGAUCAACAACUGUCAUGGCUGUGAGAAAUUCAGAGUUAGCAAAACUCCCUGAAGGAUUGUUGAAUGCCAUCAAAAUUAAAUAUCCUGAGGUUGUUACCCGUUUUAUUCAUUUACUUGGACAUCGUAUACUUGGCUCCCUUCAGAAAAGAAUUCCUUAUGCCAGUGAAAAGGCAUUUACAAUGGAUUCUAGACCAACAGGCUCAAAUUUUGCUACUGUUGCUAUUCUAGCUGCAAUGGAUGAUGUACCCCUUACAGCUUUUACUUUAGAGUUAAACCAUGCUUUAACUGCUAUUGGACCUACUCUGCGACUUACAUCUGACAUAAUUAAAAAAACUCUUGGACCUACUGCCUUAUUAAGUGCAAAUGAAUACAGAUUAUGCAGCUGGCUUGCACAACAAGAAGACCAACAUAAAAUAGUUUUGUAUCAGUGUGAUUCAUACUUUUCACCAUGGACUCAAAGAUGUAUUAGACAAGCCGAUUGCAUAAUAAUUGUUGCAUUGGCUGAUGCUGAACCAACUGUUGGAGAGAUGGAAAAAGAAUUGGAGCAUUUUGCUGUUCGUACUCAGAAAGAGCUAGUUCUUCUUCAUAGAGAUGACAGAAUCAAACCACGCAAAACUGUUGAGUGGCUAAAUAUGAGGUCUUGGUGCUCAUCUCAUUAUCACAUCCGCUGUCCUAAAAGAAUGUUUACUAAAAAAUCACCUAUGCGAUUGGCAGAUGUAUAUAACAAACUUUUUGUCAAUCCUCCCAAUAUCCAUUCCGAUUUUUCUCGACUGGCUCGUUUCUUAACUGGCACUUCAUUUGGAUUAGUACUUGGUGGAGGUGGUGCAAGGGGUGCAGCUCAUGUUGGCAUUAUAAAAGCUUUACGGGAAGCUGGCAUACCUGUUGAUAUGGUUGGGGGAGUCAGUAUUGGGGCUUUCAUGGGAGCAUUGUGGUGUCAAGAAAGUGAUGUGACAACUAUGACUCAAAAAGCAAGAGAGUGGUCAUAUAAAAUGAAUUCUUAUUGGCGCCAAAUACUUGAUCUUACUUAUCCAGCUACUGCAAUGUUUACAGGAGCUGGAUUCAACCGAACAAUUCAAGAAGUUUUUGGAGAAAGACAAAUAGAAGAUCUUUGGUUACCAUAUUUUACUAUUACUACAGACAUUACAGAUAGUACAAUGAGAGUCCACACUCAUGGAUCACUGUGGCGCUAUGUUAGAUCGAGUAUGUCCCUGUCUGGUUAUAUGCCACCUAUGUGCGACCCAUUGGAUGGGCAUUUACUUCUUGAUGGGGGUUACGUCAAUAAUCUUCCAGCUGAUGUGAUGCGAGAGAUGGGUGCAGAAACUAUAAUAGCCAUUGAUGUCGGUAGUCAAGAUGAUAUAGAUUUGACAAAUUAUGGAGAUACUCUCAAUGGUUGGUGGUUACUAUGGAAAAAAUGGAAUCCAUGGGCAUCACCUGUCAAGGUUCCCAGUUUGCAAGAAAUUCAAUCUCGAUUAGCAUAUGUUAGCUGUGUGAAGCAGUUAGAUCAAAUUAAAAGAAGUGAUUACUGCACAUACAUUCGUCCUCCAAUUGAUAAGUACAAAACAUUAGCAUUUGGCAGUUUUGAUGAAAUAAUGGAAGUAGGAUAUAAUCAUGGGAAAGCUUUAUUCCCUUCCAUGAAGAUGGGGCACAAAUCACUACAUAAUUUGCUUCAGAAUGAAAUUAAUAAAGAGAAUGAGCAGGCACGAUCUUUAAGAAAUGCAUCGUUUACUGAUCUUGCCGAAAUGGUGUGUAAAAUAAAGAAACCACUUUACAAGAGUUAUGAUGUAUCUGAUGAUGAAGACCUAUAUGAAAGGGAUGUGGGUUACAUUUCUGAACCAGAGCCAAGCUUAUUAGGUGAUACAGACAAGUUGUCAGGUCUGUUUUGAAAAUUUGAAGUGGUGAAAAAAUUAUAGUGUGAUGAUAAAUGAUGAUUUAAUGGAACCAUUUUACUCUCAAGAAGAAUAUCACAGAAGCCUUUUUAUAUAUCUAAUAUUUGUAAAUUAAUUUUAAAUAUUUCCAGCUUGCCCAAUUCAUGAUUAUAUUUAAUUAAGAUAUCAUUGUCAUUUGAGUGAAAAUUUUUCUUCUUCUGCUAUAUAUUAUAGCUUUGUAUUGGAAAGUACUGUUAUUUGCAAAUGCAGCAAAAAUCAUCACCAGUCUUGGGGUUUUAGUAAUAUUUCUUAGCCUACUAAAUGAAUAAUCUCAUGAUUUGUUCACACAUUUCAGAAACCUUCAUCUGGGGUUGUGAAAUGUAUAUUUACUUAUAUGUACUAAUAUAUUUCUUUCUUAUCUGAAUAUGUAUUGCUAUUUUAAUUUGGUUAUUUAGCUUGAAAUUUUUGUCCAAGAAAACCAUCAGCUGAGUUUAUGGGCAACUGCUAAUCUGUAAACAUCCACUCAGUUUAUAUGUAAAUUCUCUAGUUAGAAAAUAACCAAGUAAUUAUGGUCAAAAGUUAAAGGUUUCUUAAUAUCAUCAACAAUC